AUGCCAGCUUUAGGUGAGAUCAUUUCGGUUCCAGAAACUGAUAAAGGAAAGAGUAAGGACAUUGAGAAUUCAGAGGAUGAAAAGAUUCCAAGAACUCGUUCUAGAUCCUUGAAGACGAAAGCUAUCAAAGCUUCGACGAGAUUGACACAUAGUCUAAGGAAACGAGGGAAGCGUGUAGGGGAUCAAUAUGCAGCAAUUGUGAUUGAGGAUGUGAGAGAUGCAGAAGAGGAAAAGGCAGUGAAUGUAUUUAGAAAAGCUUUGGUUUCUCUAGAUUUGCUUCCGCCUCGGCACGAUGAUUAUCAUACCAUGUUGAGAUUCUUAAAGGCGAGGAAAUUUGAUCUUGACAAAACGGUUCAGAUGUGGGAAGAAAUGCUAAAGUGGAGGAAAGAAAACGGAGUUGAUACCGUAAUGCAGGAUUUUGUUUAUGAUGAAUACGAACAAGUACAACAAUACUAUCCACAUGGUUACCAUGGUGUAGACAGAGAGGGCCGGCCUGUCUACAUUGAACGGCUUGGUAAAAUUGACCCCUCCAAGCUAAUGAAGGUUACCACAUUGGAGCGUUUCUUGAGAUAUCAUGUACAGGGUUUUGAAAAGACGUUUUCUGAGAAGUUUCCAGCCUGCUCGAUCGCAGCAAAGAGGCACAUAAAUUCUUCAACAACAAUAAUAGAUGUGCUAGGAGUGAAUUGGAUGAGCUUCAGAAAAUUAGCUCAGGACCUUGUAAUGCGCAUGCAGAAAAUUGAUGGUGACAACUAUCCUGAGACAUUGAAUCAAAUGUACAUCAUUAAUGCUGGAACCGGAUUCAAGCUUGUUUGGAACACAGUGAAAGGCUUUCUCGACCCUAAAACUACUUCUAAGAUACAUGUUUUAGGAAUCAACAAAUUUCGCGGUCACCUUCUUGAGAUUAUAGAUCCAAGUGAGCUUCCCGAUUUUCUGGGAGGAAGUUGUAAUUGUGCAAAUGAGGGUGGAUGCAUGCGAUUUAACAAGGGGCCUUGGAAUGACCCGGAGAUAAUGAAACUAGUGCGCUCGAGAGAUGCAACAUACAAAACAAAAGAAAUAGGGCUCCUGGAGAAUGGGGAAUUAGCUAAAUUAUUUGCCUUACGGCAUGUGAACACAGAUAUUUCCUCGUCUGAUAGAGGACAAGUUAGGGAGAGGGAAUUGCAUCCUGAACAUGACAAACGUGCUCAGUUGAACAAUCAAGCGGAAGUAGUUGGUACUAGGAGAAUUGUACAGUCUGAUUCAACAAUUCAAUUACCCAGUAAUCUGGCAGUAGAAAGGAGUGUGAAAAACUCUCUUCAAAAAGUUGCAAGUUUGUUGGCUCGUUUUAUCUUCCAACUUCUUGCGUGUCUAUGCCUCAUGUUCCGGAUCUUGCGAGGACUUGUAAAUAAGCAACGAGGGAACCAACUGAGACCGGAGUUAACGGUUUCGGCCUCCCAGCAACAGGUUCCUCCUCCUCCUCAGGUGCAUGGAGGACAGUCUCUCCACCCAUGUUGGCUGAGGUUGCAAAAUCUGGAGACCAUGGUCACAGUGUUGUGUGAUAAACCCACAAACAUUCCUCAGGAGAAAGAAGAUAUUCUUCGUGAUUCUUUAGACCGUAUCAAAUCCAUUGAGCAAGAUUUGCAGAAGACAAAGAAGGCACUCCUUUUGACCGCUUCAAAACAAAUCGAGCUUGCCGAGUGUUUGGAGAGCUUGAAGGAGAGCAGCUCAAUGGGAAUGCGUUCGUGCUGGCCGAGACAGUGCAGAAAUUUCCCAGUUGAAUAA